AUGUCUCCGGGGACUACAAAGCCCAAUCUGGCACCGUCCAGUGCCGAGCCUGACGACGCAUGUGGCGCUUCAGGGGUUCAUGAUCGUCAAUUCGAGGGCCUUGCCGGCCAUAUCCUCAUUAUUGGACGCUUCCCGCCACCAGAUGGUAGUAACGAGGCGCAAACUACAGCCCGAAUUGUGGAGGACUCCGGGGAAACGGAAGAACCCUUGUUCAUGCAAAAUCCUAGUCACUACACUUCAAGUCGUGACCCCGUCUUCCAGGUUUACAGGCUAGACAGCUCAAAGUCGCUCAAGUUCAAUUAUCAGCUGGCCGUGUGCGCGCCUCGCAUCGAUGUUGCUUGUUCGUCUGAUGGCGUUAUCCUUGUCGUGGCCCUCUAA